AUGACCGUCUGUUACGAUCAUCCUCCUCGGAGUGUCGCCUCCACCUCAAUGGCCACUCUCGAAGAUCGCUUCGAGGUGAUCAAGGAGGUUGGAGAUGGCAGCUUUGGCAGUGUGGCCGUGGCACGUGUACGAACCGCUGGUUCCAAUGUGGCCCGGCGAGGAACCAUGGUCGCCAUCAAAACAAUGAAGAAGACCUUCAGCUCCUUGACGCCGUGUCUCGAGCUGCGGGAGGUCAUCUUCCUCCGCACAUUACCCACCCAUCCGCACCUCGUCCCCGCUCUCGACAUCUUCCUGGAUCCCCUUUCGCGCAAACUACACAUCUGCAUGGAGUAUAUGGAUGGCAAUCUGUACCAGUUGAUGAAGUCCCGCGACCACAAGUGUCUCGAUGGAAAGCACGUCAAGAGCAUCCUGUACCAGAUCCUGUCGGGCCUGGACCACAUUCAUGCACACCAUUUCUUCCAUCGUGAUAUCAAGCCCGAGAACAUCCUCGUCUCGACCUCCGCCCCCAACGACUCCGCAUUCAGCCGCUACUCCAACCUCGUCACCCCUCCUUCCACUCCUCCCACCUACACCGUCAAGAUCGCCGAUUUUGGCCUCGCCCGAGAGACCCAUUCCAAGCUCCCUUAUACCACCUAUGUCUCGACGCGAUGGUACCGUGCGCCCGAGGUCCUCCUGCGCGCGGGAGAAUACUCAGCUCCCGUCGACAUGUGGGCCAUUGGCGCCAUGGCCGUCGAAAUCGCGACCCUGAAGCCUCUCUUCCCCGGUGGGAACGAGGUCGAUCAGGUCUGGCGCAUUUGCGAAAUCAUGGGGAGCCCCGGCAACUGGUACAGCAAGACCGGUGCUAAGCUAGGCGGUGGUGAAUGGAGAGAAGGCUCUCGUCUCGCGCAGAAGCUCGGGUUUACCUUCCCUAAGAUGGCGCCUCAUGCGAUGGAGAGCAUUCUGCAGCCGCCGCAGUGGCCGCAGGCCCUGAGCCACUUUGUCACUUGGUGUCUGAUGUGGGAUCCCAAGAAUCGACCCACGUCCACGCAAGCGUUGAACCACGAAUACUUCGCGGAUGCGGUCGAUCCUCUGAGACCGCGGUCAUCUACCGCCCGUCUCCUGGGCCGGAAACAAUCCGACAAGAGUUUCCGGUCUCCCACCCAGGAACCCACCAGCUCGCCAACGCUGGCAUCGAAGUCUUCCUGGUUCCGGAGGUCAUUGAUCGGGCGGUCCGAAAGCCCGGCGCCAGCCCUGGAGAACGACCCGCCCGCCAAGCAGCCGGUCGUCUCCUACAGCACGGUGCCCGAGUUCCAAACCAAGAACAAGCCGGCUCCCAGCAAGCGCGCUACCUGGGCGAAUGGCGCCCCAAUGCCCAUUCUUCCUUCCAUUCGACCGGUCUCCCCUCUGUCGAACGCUGUCACGGCCCAGGCCAAUUCAUCGCUUGCCCAUAGCGAUGCAGGCAAGGCGGGCAAGAAGAUUGGCCGUCAGCUGUCGGUCAACUCUCACGGCAACCAUUAUGCCGAUAUUCACCGACAGGAAGCCGAACGGGCGCUCAAUGGCGCCGGGAUCAGCCACGUCGCAGGCAAUCAGAAAGAGAGCUUCUUCUCCCAUCUGCGCAAGCGGGCACGCCGGUUAUCGGGUCGCAAUCAGGGCACGAUCCCGAGCGAUGACAUUGAAGCUAAUGCUGGUUGCAUGCCCUGGUCGAACCGGUCUUCUCUGGCCUUGGAUUCCGUGCACGUGAACGAGGGCAAGCAAGGCUCGGACUUUACCGAAUUGGACAAGGCGCUACAGGGUGUGAAGUACUCGCUUGACUCCACCGCUCUAGGCAACGUCCCCGUUCCGAUCGCGUCCGUGGAUGGCACCAAGCGCCAGUCGAUGCCGCAAGGAUCGAUCCGCUCCAUGGGUGACAGCCCGGUGUCUACCAGUGGUACCCCGGGCCCCAUCUCGAGCCGAACGAGGCGUGCGCUCCAGAUGUCCACCCAUCCCGUCCAUCGUUACGAAACUCCCGAGGAGGAAGACGAGCUCCUCGAUGAGGUGCUCCAUUCCGCCAGCAAAGCGGCCAAGCGCCUGGCGCAGGCCGAGGAGUCUGACGCAUCGUCCAACUACAGCCGCCAGCUGGUGGGGAACGACAGUUCCCGCCCCCUGCCUAGUCCCUAUCCCACGCCAUCCCCGUCGGCCAAAUGUAACGGGGUGUCCUUCGGCCACACGGACGCCACUCCCUGUCGGCGACUUGGGUUGCCAGGGGACAAGACGGAUCAUGCCACCUCGACGCGGCAGUGGCCUACACCCCCCUACGAAGAUGGCGAGUGGUCUCACUCCGCGACGGCGGAGUUCCUGUCCGGCACGACCUAUCGAUAA